GGUCAGAAUUUGAGGCGCGGAAGUUGUCCGGAUGCGGAAAAAAACAAACAGACAUGGAGGGAAGGUGUGUGGUUGAGACGCUGGCAAAGUUCGGAACUUCAUCGGAUCCGUGUAUUCUGAAGGUGGCAUCCUCUUUAUGGAAUGAUGUGUUCCUCUGCACCGGAGACGACGAGGUGUAUGUCUUUAACUCCCAAGACAGAAAGCUAAAGGCGGUCGUCCAAUUCCCUGCUCCUGUAAGUGACUUGGCUGCGGAUGAUGACAAGCAGAUCCUUUAUGUGGCCUGUUUGAAGGGAGUGUACGGUGUCUGUUUAUCAUCUUUGUGCAGGGUUCAAGACGCUGAUUCAUCCUCAUGUCCGUCUCAUGUGAAAGUAUCCGAUGAUCAUUUUGUUAUCGGAGAAGGAGCAUCGGCGCUACUUUUGGUCAACUCUACGCUCUUGAACAUUACCCAGAGAGACGCAUCGUGGCUGUUGACACUGUACAAAAUUGCAGAAGAGUCAAUAUUCAGCCGCUAUGAAAUGCUGGGUUCCUUCAAGCUUCCUGUGGUAUCAGACACAGAUGAGUGCAGAAGGCCAUUGCUGCUCUGUGUCCACUCUGCCGAGACAGAUGCAUCAUUAAGGAAUCCAUCAAGUGAUCACAUCUACCUUGAAGCGACGCUCUUUAAACUCCUAUUCGGGAUCGACGCAGCCCUCGCCAAAUCGCCGGUUAUUUUUUUCGCUCUGCCAGACGGCCGCCUGUGUUUCACCCCUCAGCGAGUCCCCGGAUCUCAAAUCAGAGUUCUGCACAGCCUGGAGCAGCCGGUCGUGUUUGUCGGGGCGUUUGCUGGAUGUCUGGUGGCUGUGGGCGAACAAGGCAGAGCGGUGCUGAUGACAUCGCAGCCAGCCGGGCCACCAGGGGGAGGCUUGCGUGCAGCUUUUACUGAAGUGUGUAUCCCCGGGCCCGUGGUGUGUGCUUGCCUGGAUGGGCAGUUCCUUUACUACAGCACUGGGUCAGACCUGCUGCUCCUGGAUCUGUCACAGACACCCACUGGAGGAUCAGAGUCAGCAAAAGGGGAGGUGGGACCCAGUAAUAAGAAAUCCCAUGCCCUUUACAACCCCACUAGCUUAAAUGUGUGUAGAGUCAUCGGCCUGGUGCCACACAACAAAGCAGGUAAAGCUCAGCUGCUGGGGCUGUCUUCCAGGGGUCAGCUCCAGAAGAUUAUCCUACCCGAAAGGGGGCAUGAUGCAUCAUGGUCCGGUCUUCCUCCCUCACAUGUCGGACGCAGCAUCAAAGACAUCCUGGCGGCUAUAGGAGACAUUUAUGAAAGAUCAGCGGUGCUAAAAGCUGCCAUCAAAUCCAAAAACCAAACCAUGCAGCAACUGAAUCAGGUACUCAACAUCAGCUUUUUAUUGAAUGAUGGAGCAGACAGACGGGAAAAGCCAAUCCGUUGUCACGCCGCCACUUGUUGGAGCACCUUGCUUGGAAAGGACUCCCUCAACUUGAAUUGCGUCCUGGAUAAUGGAAGUUGUUAUGAUCUGGAACGAGGAUGGACACUAAGCAUCACCGUGUCUCCUCUGUGUAACUCCCACAGAGGCGAAAGCUGCUCCACACAUUAUUCAUUCCCAUUCCGUGCUCUCCAUCCGGGGGGGAAAGUGGAGUUUUCCCUGCCGUUAGCUUCUGCAGGAGAGUCAUCCUUCCCUGUUACACUCUUCUGCUCGCUUGCGUUCUCCCUCUCAGGUCUUCUCGGAGAGGACGCAGUGUCAGGCCUGCCUGACGGAGGCCAUGUCAGUUUACCAUUGAACACUCUGACUGUGGAUUGGUUGCAUGCCCUGCGGGUGAUCGAUCCUGCGGACGCUGCGUCUUUACAUUGCAACACUGACAACGUUGAAGCUUUUUUGAACUCACGCCUCACUGUCGGAGGAGGAGUAGGAGAUGCAGGGAAUGUGCAGCACUCUGCAAGCAUCAAGGUGUCAUCAGAGUUAUUGAGGGACACGUUGAUGUUGAGUCCACCUUCACACGCUGACGUCUCCCUGCUGGAAUGGCUCCUCUGCAAAGCUCACGGAGGGGUGAAGGGUCAAAAAGACAAGGUGACCCUCAGCAAGUCGGUCCAUGCUCGAGCCCCAAAUGGACAUAUUAUAAAGCUGACAGCAAAAGAGGCACACGUGGGGUCGGAGGAGGAGCGCCUGGCUGUUACAGAGGUUGAGUUUGAGAGCUCGUCGAUGGCAGCCGUGUGCGGAAUGCAUCAUGCAGUCCUGCAUAGAGUCAAGAGUUUGCUGCAGAUAGCACCGGAAAAGUCCUCUUCCACCGUCAAGAUGCAGAGUUUAGGUGUGAGGGAAGCACUCCAGCGGUCUGAGACUCUGUUGCAGCAGGUCCAGCAAAGUGGAAUCUCAAGCAGCUUCAGUGGGGGGGUGUCCACAGGGCAGAAACAAACCGCUAGGAUGAAGUGGACAGUAGAAACCUGACCUCAUCUGUUAAUAAACUCCCUGUACCACACUAAUGAGGGGCUACGUCUAAAAGCUGACAUCCAGUCCCCCUUAAUGGUGACUAUGUCUUAAAUGACACAACCGUGAGUGACAAGUCAUUUACUAAAGCACCACUUUAUUUCCGAAAGGAAGAAAGGCAAGGAGACAUUCAAAUCCCUAACCGAAAUCAGACAACUCUUUGAAUGACUAUCAAAUUGCAGUAAAAAAAAAGUCCUUCAAAGUUCACAUUAUGAAUGGAAAACGUCUCUUUGACAACAGCAAGGCCGCAGAUACUGGCCGUUCUUGCCCCGGAUGGCGAGACGGCCUCGCUCCAGGAGCUCCAGACUAAAAUCUUCUGGGACUUCACCGUCUGAACACACCAGGCCAGCACUGUUGACGUACCAGAAGCGACCAGUCACGCCUGUGAGGGCACAGCUGGACAUCACAGCGACUAUCCCGUUGAUGGGACAGCGGAGGAAACUGAGAAGAACGGAGAAAGAGAUUGGAUACGCUGGAAAUCUAAGGAACCAAUCUGAGGAUAUCGGCACCGCUGCUGAUGACCAUCACCAGGCUCGCUCAAGCAUGCAGAAGAAGGUCUUGUCAUCACAGCCACGAUCGGGGCUUAACGCAUUCUGCAACAUGGAAAUAAUCGGCACAAGGCAACUAAUAUUCCAGUGUCGUUUCCCCAGGCGAGUCUCCUCCGGGUGGUAGAACCACUUGACCCUGACCACCAUGCUGGAGCUCCAGGAUUCCCACAGGCUCUCCACCCUGCCCACGUAAGGUAGCUGGGGCCUGCCCGGCGACAGAAAGACGGCGCAGUCGCCGACCCGCACCGUCUCCUUGCCGCGCACGAUGGCUUUGUAGAAGAGCUUGCGAGCUUUUCCCUUCAGGCCUCUCCUCUGUGAGACGAUAAAAGGACUAUUGAGGUGAAGAUAUUAAAGGCCCAAAAACCAUAUAGUCCCAAAACAUCUACUAUUAAUACAUCUGGCUCUGGACUGCAUGUAAACAUCGGUUUUUAUUACUGGAUGUUCUUACCUGAGUUGGGUUACCAGACCAUUUCCACAGCUGGCGCCCAGGCAGCAGCGGAGCCAUGUUGGUUUGCGGCUCAGGUGACGACAUCCUGUGCCUUUUAGGGUCUUUGGAGGCAGGUUUAAGAUGCUGGGCGCUACUAGGAACUCCUUCCUUCCUCUUCAGUUGUGUCUUGGCCGCCAUGCUUCCUUCGGACAAAUACUCUGUCCUGUCCUCAGAUUUCUCCAUCCUGCCUUUUGAGUGGGUGAUGCCGGUCUUGGCCACGUAAGGCAGAGCACGGCGCAGGAGAACCGAUGAGGACUCUUCGUCGGACGAGUACGAGGAGUCGUUGUCCGAGGAGUAAAGGGACGAGGAUGACACGGAGCCCGAAGAGGAAGAGGAUGACGACGAGGAGGAGAAGCAAACUGACAGGCGGGAGAGAAAGCCGCCGUGUCGAUGAGAUGCGACGGACGUGUUUCUUCUUCGCGCCCCUUCAUCUUGACCACCGUCCUCGUCGUCCUCAUCCAGCUCAGAGUAAGAACUCGGGCAGUCGCUGGCGUAAUCCAGACUGUAAUCUCCAGUUUGGCCUCCAUGACCGCCGGACGGUGGGUCUUUCUGCAAAAGGGGGCCGCGUCUGUCCUUGCCUCCUUUCCUUGCAUCCUUCACCAACAAGGAUGGGUGAAUGUAUCGUAGCGGAGCGCCUCCUGAUGGAAAACUUCGACCUCCUCUUCCUCCAUUCCCGAGUCGAAGCAGCGCCUUGCCAUUCUUCGUUUUGGGUGACAUCACACCUUCGUGAUCCAGCUUCACUAGGAACUGCUUCCUGUCUCGUUCGCUGACUUGCUUCUUGCUCCCCGUUGCCAGGGUGACACCCGAGGCACAGGAAGAGGAAUCCCGAGGUGCCACGGUCGAUGAUGCGGCGUUCACCAGGCACCUCGGCAUGGCGCUCCCUCCGCCUCCGAAGGCAGAGUAGCUGUUGGCGAUGCUGCUGAAAGAGUCAACUGCAAAAGGGGAGCCAAAGAUGCCGUUGAUGGGGGUGGUUGGCGCGUGCGAGUGGGAGUGGGAGGCGGGGCGAUGAAAUAACCCCAUGUCUCGUUCUCGGGAUCUCUUCUGGGUUUUCCGAGAAGUCCCGUUGAAGAGGAAGAAGUCAACCGGGGGUCUCUUCCUGGGUGCAGACCAGCUCACCAAGGAAGUGUUGCCUUUAAUUCGAGAGUCCGACUCUGAUGUCGCUGCUGUGCUGGCAGUCUUAGGCACUGAGUGGAUUUUCUUGGGCCUGCCAACUGAGAAAAGGAGAUGACGGCAGAGAGGAGUUAGAAUCAAUAUGAAGUGACAGUUGUUGGGAACCGACUGAGAUUAAUCGUGGAAGUAAGAGCUCUGCAGAAAUUUAAUACCAUUAUCUCCAGCAAGCCAGGUAGGUUUCGACAUAUCCAAUACCUGUCGCUACCUGGAGCGUUAUUGUGAUGAGUGACACGUGGUUUUUUUUUUUAGCUUCACAAAAACACUGACGACGCUUCAUAAAAUCACCAUUAAUGUGGUUACACGGAGCAUAAAUGGAAUUUUUGUCCAUAUAUCUCCCUUCACGCUGACUCAUAGGUGUCACGUAAUUGGUUGACAGGCGGGAAUUGUGUCUGUCUGUGGAGAAUGUAUUUACUCGUUAGACAAGUACACAUGUACUGUAUACGUCUUAGACAGCGCAGUAUGUUUGAGACAUAGAUAGAUGAAAUAUAUAAAGGUUCUCAGGACAAUCUAGUGGGAAAUCAAACAAGCAUGACAACGCUCAUAACUAAGCUAUAAACAUCUUUAAUACGCUUAUAAAAUGGGAUAGUAAAAAAAAUGGAGCACGACAUGUCAAAUUUAAUUAGCUUUAUUUUUGUUGCGGAAUUCUACUAAAAUCAUGUGAAAAGAGGAUCCAUUCAUCUUAGAGAUAGAUUAAGGGUUGCAUUCAAGGCAGCUAGGUGGCUGUACUGUGAUUCUACCGUCCUGGACCAGCAGAGUCCCAAGAUUCUUUGCACACCACCGCUCAUAUCUGGGUUACGAGUGGAAUCGAACUAUGGAAUAGAUUGAGUAAGACCCUCAAACAAUGCACAACGAUGAGCCAAUUCAAGAAACAAUACAAGCAGUUGAUGUUUGCUAAAUACAAGGAUGAAGAGUCUUGAACCAAAAAAAUAAAAUUAAAAAAUUUAAAUAAAUAAUAAAUAAAAAAAUUUAUAAACGUGAAAAUAAAUGAACGUGACAAAAAUAAAAUAAAAAAAAAUAACUAUAAACUAUAACUGUAAACUAUAUUAGGAAAGCAGGAAGUGAACAAAUGUAACAGUUACUGAUUGUAAAAGUACCAGAUGGAGGGGUAGGAUUUAAUAAGCUUUGCUUCUUCCUACUCCUUUUGGACAUGUGGAACUGGGAACUGAUUAUGUGAUGCAUUAAUUGUAAUCCGAUGCAUGUUCAAAUUAAAUUAAACCAUUACCAUUACCAAAAAAGGCCAGUAUUGUUAGUACAGUCAACGGCAUCGUGCCACGUUUAUCACUAUUAAUGAAAUUAAACCAUUACCAUGACUAAUGCUAACAUAUAGCCACCUAGCAUCUCGACUACAGGAUGUUUAUGAUGCAUGUACUUUAUCCCUCACCUGGUCUCUUCUCUUGAGGUUUCCCCGCCUGUUCCUCAUUGGCUGAUUUCUCUGUGGGCGUGUCUUUCUUCUCCUGUGUAGAGCCGCGUCUGCAUCGGCGGCCCGGCGAGAUCAGAAGCGCCGGUGAUGGUUCCGCACCUAACAAGACAUAAUUGUUUCAUUUCAGUAACAAUAAUGUAUUUUUGAAAUGUAUGUUUUCAUUCACGUGCUAUUGUUUUACCAACUCUUGUAUUUAGGUUCUACUUACAGCAGAUUUCAUAUCCUGGCGGCAAAAGUCUGAUGUUUGCCAGUGUGAUUCUUCCUCGGUCUCCAUCAUCAAACUCCACCAUCACGCUUCCCUCCUUCUCCUCGCUUGGACCUCCUUCAGGAGCACACCGAAGCAGAGUAACAUGAGUAUUGUGCAUUAUUAAGUGUGUGUGUGUGUUUGCUGCAUUCACCUCUGUGGACAUAACCGGGAUAAAGACACCGUGAACGCUCGCUCCAGUAAGCACAAACCCGCGUCCCCGCCGUCAGGAUGGCCUCAGUCUGGGGCCGCACGUCUAGAACCUGAACCAAAAAUAAAUACAGUUCAUGUGACACCAUAUAUUAAAAGCUAUAAAGGAUUUUUAUGGAACCGCAAGGCUGAAACUCACAGCUUCCUGCAGGAUUUGCUCCAGUGAAUAGAUCCUAGGGCGGUUCCCACGCUCUCCUUCAAUGACAACACUAAAUCUAGGAAGCAAAACAAGAAGCAAAGAUUACGUAUGACUUAUGUAUGACAUAUGACUAAUAUGUACAAAUAGUGCUUUGUAUGUUCGGCAUGGUGGUCGAGUGGUUAGCACGCAGACCUCACAGCUAGGAGACCAGGGUUCAAUUCCAUCCUCGGCCAUGUUCUCCCCAUGUAUGCGUGGGUUUUCUAUGUGGGUUUUGUAUGAAUGUGUUUGUCUAUAUGUGCCCUGUGAUUGGCUGGCCACCAGUCCAGGGUGUACCCCGCCUCUCGCCUGAUGACAGCUGGGAUAGGCUCCAGCAACCCCCUCAAGACAGCUGGGAUAGGCUCCAGCAACCCCCCACGACCCUCGUGAGGAAAAAGCGGUAGAAAAUGAAUGAAUGGUGGUCGAGUUGUUAGCGCGCAGACCUCACAGCUAGGAGACCAGGGUUCAAUUCCACCCUCGGCCAUGUUCUCCCUGUGCAUGCGUGGGUUUUCUCCGGGUACUCCGGUUUCCUCCCACAUUCCAAAAACAUGCUAGGUUAAUUAGCGACUCCAAAUUGUCCAUAGGUAUGAAUGUGAGUGUGAAUGGUUGUUUGUCUAUAUGUGCCCUGUGAUUGGCUGGCCACCAGUCCAGGGUGUACCCCGCCUCUCACCCAAUGACAGCUGGGAUAGGCUCCAGCACCCCCCACACCCCUUGUGAGGAUAAUCUGUAGAAAAUGAAUGAAUGUUUGCAGCGUACAUGUCAGGCAGGUCCAACGUUUGGACGCAGGCGGCAUACAGCAGUUCAUCCUCUUUCGAGAUCAGAAUCUUCAGGCCGUCCACGAGCAUCUCUUUGCUGAGCACGCAGUUGGGCAAGGCUGACGAGCAGAAAGAUGCACGGCAUGAGGAAGAGCGUGUGAAAUAUAUAUAAUUUAUGCGUAACACAGAUAAUUACCGUGCAAAGUCAUUGUCAAAACAUGAUUAUCGGCGUGUCACUGCCGGGUAUACACUUACCGGGUAUUUUGCAAGGCAUGUUGGGAGGAAGGUGGACCGUAGACUUGUUGCUCUCGUCUCCCUCCUCCUCUUCUUCUUCUUCUUCUUCUUCCUCAUCCUCCUCUCCCUCAGAGAAGCUGCUCUCUUCAUCCAAGCGAAAGCCGUCGUCUGCUGUGAAGCUCUGCAGGAGGCGACUCACUGCCAGACCUUUGGCCUGAGGCAGGAAACAGGAUGUGAUGUCAGCAUACGGCCAACUAACAUUUCUUUAGAGUCCCGCUGUUCUCCCGGCCAUCCCCAAAGCUGGAGCCCACUGAGGAGGAGGCCGCCCAGCCGGGAAGGGACGCCCUUCGAGCCCCAUGGUGACCUGGAUGUUCGCUGUUGGCCGUGCACUGCUUCCUGUGCGUGUUUGGAACACUCUCCGGGCCUGAAUGUGAAAGCGAGCCCAGACGAGAAGGAGCCAGUAAUGUUUGAUGGAGCUUCUUUGGAGGGUGAUCUAAUCCUGAUGUCACCGGCGCCCUCGUCGCUGUUGCAGCUGCAGUCCUCCUCAAACUCGGUGGCACCUGAACAUCAAUAAGCUCAGUCGCAUAAGCUUUCCGAUGAUCUGAAUGCAAACACCAUCAACUACGGCGAGGGGACUCGCUUGACAGAACGUAUUGACAGAGGCCCGACUGUGAGGAGCUCGGUUUGCAUCGGAGCCCAUCAUCAGCACCUUCGGCUUGCGACCCCUCUUUUUCUUCAUGGUCUGACUGGUUUCCCAUUCCUGUUGCGAAUCUGAUGGACCAGCAGCAGAAGACAAGCAUUAAUGGUGAGCAUUUCUUCACGUCAUGAGCGUCAAAACUUAGCACGAGCGCUCUUAAUCCUCUGUACAGGUUGCUACUGGAAUGAUGGCAACACAGAGGUGGUGGUUGUCAUGACAAUGGCAUCCACUGGUCCUGAAUUGGUUUCAGGUCUGGAGACGUACUUUUGCCAAUCUGUCACCUUCACCUUCCUCAGCAAGACACUUGUCAUCUUGGAGGUGUCUUUAGUGGCAUUAUUAUGUUUACAGAUCAUGUUGGAAUUCAUGGUUCGCUUUUUGAACCGCAACUCCCCUGUGUCAGCAGCACUCGUGCACUCAGACCAUGACACUGCCACCAACAUGCUUGACUGUAGGGAAGACACACGUGUGUUGCCAGCUAUUAAGUGUACUUCGGUAUGAGGUACAUUAUAAAAAAAAAACAAACAAAAAAAAACCUUAAACUGUAUUGUGGAAAGCAGGAAGUGAACAAAUGUAGGGAUGGAGGGGUAGGAUUUACUCCUACUCCUUUUGGACGUGUGGAACUGUGAACUGAUUAUGUGAUGCAUUCAAUUGUAAUCUGAUGCAUGUUCAAAUGAAAAUAAACCAUUACCAAAAAAGGCCAGUAUUGUUAGUACAGUCAACGGCAUCGUGCCACGUUUAUCACUAUUAAUGAAAUUAAGCCAUUACCAUUAAGAUAGUAAUAAGAAUGGUUGUGUUGACUCACCUUUUUGUGGCUAGUAAAUGUAUACGACUAAACAGGCUCCCUUAAGUAGACAAAGUAUUACAGUAGUACAGUAGUAUUACAGUUGUGAGGGGUGUAUUGACUUUAGUGACAUUCUACAGACCAGUGCUUCUCAAACUUUUUACAGUGGCGUACCCCUUCAGAUAUUUGAACCUGAAGCCAUGUACCCUCACUUCUGCACACUUUAAAAAAACCAAACAUUUUUAUAUUAAUUCACUUGAAAUAUUGAACAUAAUUAAUCGCUCUAUUCUUUGUAUAGUAAUUUCAGGUCAAAAAUUGUAUUAUGCAUGGUCACAUUACCGAAUUGAAGGGAAAGUAGUGACAAAGCAGUAUCUGUUACGGGAUGCACCUGAAUGCAUCAUUCUCAGAACUAGCUAGCUCAGCACCGAUAGCAGUUUGCUGGUUUUGUUCCUGCUUUUUGAGUAUGAAGUGUCCAUUAUCUGACUGGAAUCUAUCCAUGGUUUCCACCACCUCAACCACGACCCCCUUCUUAAAAGUAUCCAAAAUACACACAACCAAUGAUAAAGCCUCAUUUUCAGGUCAAUCGCCAAUCAUAGUGACAGGUUUUCACCAUGCGGAGAUGAACUGCAAUACCAAUUGACAUGAAAUAUUCAAUAUUCAUAAUUUUAACUUAUUUGUUAAUGUGAUGCACACAGAGCCAUGAACAGCAUGACGCUCUCGUCUCCUUCCUGCUCCGGGCUCCUCGAGCCGUGAGGCGUUCAGGCGUACUCGUAAUUGUUGAGUGUUAGGCGCUAAUUGCUUGUUAAUUUUUAUUCACCUAACCCCCAUGACGAUUAACGUACCCCGCUUUGGGAAGCUAGGCUACAGACAAAGCCUCACCUUUGCCUUCGUGUCCAAAGUGACUCUUGGGGGCCUCGUCUGCUACCGUGGCCCCCCUACAGUGCAGCACGCCCGCAGAUGGAGCCUUCUGCUUCAAAUGGGUCACCCGCCUUGCCAGCCGGGAGUUCAGGGUGCUGGGGCGACCUCUGUGCUUACAGCUGGCUUUUAACUGUGGAAGAGAAACAGAGAUACAGAUGCUUAUCGUUGGCGCUUUAUUGCAUAGCGGCUGCCUUUCUCAAUCGGAUUCUUCUGCAAAUUACUGAGAUUUUCCAUUUUUGAUGACUAUAUAGAAAUUCAUCAGCAGGGAGUCUGUGGGACUGACCUGUGCAGCACCGAGGCUGCUGAAAUCAGGCUUCUUCCUGCUUUUUUCCUCCUCCUGUAAAUUAAGGCCGGUCCUGGAAAACAUGUCAAAGACACACAGCAAUAAGAAUAUCGUAGAUUUGUAGAAUUUCCAUUGUCUGCUUUUGCUUCAUCGACCCCCGUCUCUAACUUGGAUGAGAGCACACAUACACAAAAUAUUCCACUGAAUCACCACAUGAAAGGGUGAUGAUGAUGUCAGAUGUGGAGGGCGGCGAGAGGAUGGUCGGUAUAGGGAAAGAGCGAGAUGAAGCAGUCUCCGGGGAGGCUGUCCGUUGACCGGAGCUCUGGGGUUGGAUCGAUAAACACUAACAUCUAUUGAACACUACACCACCACGCCUCCGCUCCUCCACCACCUCUCUCACCACCUCCUUCCGUCUUUGUGUGCUCUCUUUCACUCACACACACACACACACACACACACACACACACACACACUUACAUCUGGUGUCUGAAGCAUGGGAAUCCUAUAUUCCCACAGAGGGAAGGUUUGGCCCCCUCAGCAUUAACUCAGCCAAGAUACGAGAAAUUGUAAUACUGCAGCUAAGAGUUAUUCUAGUAAAUACCGUGACUAAGUCUUUGUGGUCUUUUUCCAUUUGCAUGGACUGCAACAUGCAGGACGUCAGUGUUCAGGCUUUGCUGCACGUCUUAAAAUAAAGCUAAUCAGUCAGCUAUGCCAUUUUGAUUUUCUUCAGCAAAUAAGCUAAAAUAGCAUGAUGCUGCUGUUAAAAUGCGAAUGUUAGCUAUGCUUGUGUUGCUAACGUUGUGUCCGACUGUCCCACUCCUUAUUGUUAUGUAUUAUGUUAUAUAUUAUGUAUUAUGUUGGACAAGUGCAUAGUUACAGUCUAUAUGAAUA